AUGAGUUAUAUAGAUCAUAGUGCUUCAAGAUCAACAGAGAGUAAUGAAAUUCCUCCUCCAUAUGAACAGCACCAAUCUCAACCAACUGGAAAUACCUGUCCUGAGAAGGAUGAUGCCCCAAUUGUAACCAUGAAGCCUAUUCAAUUUAAUGGUAAAGUUGUUGACUGGGAUUUCAUGGCUUAUAAUGAUGGGUUUCUGCAUGAUAUCUUAACAUUUGUAUCACAGGAUGCUAGAGAAAAGUAUAAGACAUUCAAGGGAUCAGUGGGAUACAAUUACAAGCGUGCACUUGAACUUCAAAGAGAAGGAUUUGCUAUGCCAUUACUAAGAGCAGAGCACCAUUCACUUGCACAAAUACAUUCGACGAGAUAUAUGACAAUUUACAAGUAUACUCCUCCCCCUACAGAUAAGCAUAAACUAUUUGAUAAGUAUAUCGAUCGAUUCGUAUUUUGUGAAGUCAAAAAGGAGAGACAUGCCAGUUAUGAUAGAUAUAAAUUGACGUUUACUCCGGAUCCAAAGAAUCCUAAAGAGGGAUUUAUUCUCUUUAUGAUAGAUCAUGAAAGAUAUCCAAUAAUCGAUAUCUCUACCUAUAAAGGUCGCCGAUUUAGAUUUGUAACUGGAUAUAGCUGGUUCAGAUGUAAAUGGUCCUAUCUUUUGAGCGCUAUACCGGAUGGGGAACCUUCGCUCACUGAUGAUAUCAGCAAAGAUGGUAAGGUAAACAAGAAGAAUCCGUUGUUGGGCAACUCACUAAAAAACUUCCUCUUGGGUCCGCUGACUAGGUUUAAUAAAGAUUUUUUGGGAGUUCCAAUAGGUGUAGCUCUUGAAACACUGGAAUAUUUCCACUCAUUGCACCUCCAUGCUCCAGUAAGAUUUGCUUUCCAGGGUUUGAUGAAUGAUGGUGCAGAGGUAAGUCAUACUGAAUCCAUUAAUUCUGUUAGUAUUGAUUCACUAGUUUUCCUUUGUAUGGUUUCCAUAUUUAAAAGAGAAGAAGAGCAUAAAAGUAGGAACGAAAAGAGAUAA